UGUAUAUAUGUCCAUUUGAUCUCCAAAUCCAAGGAUUCCUUUGACAAUCCCUCCUAUGCAAUUCAAUAACUUUGUUGCUAAUAGGCUGAUACAUCAAUUUAUUAUUGAACUACCCUAACUUCCUCAACUUCCAGCAAAUUUUUUACUUGUAGGUUAACUUCCACGCAUACGAAAUUUUUCUUCCUUGGAAAAUGAAACGAAACGUGUCGAAUCAUUCCCAUCGUGAUGAAAAGUUGAGAUUAUCACGCAAUGGAAACUACGAGGCUGGUCUACGAAGAACAGAAGAAGAACGAUUACGGCGUAGGCGCGAAUGGAUGAUAGAACAACAAAGGCUACGAGAACAUGAAAAGUUGAAGGAGAAGAAGAUUUUAGAAUAUGAAAUACGUCGUGCUAUUGAGAAAGGUUUACCACUGCCCAGAGGAAGAUUUUCACAUCACAGCCGCAGUAAGAGUAAAAGCAAAUCCACGGAAAAUCGACAUAGAACUGUUACAUCAAAUACAUCUAAUACAUCUAUAUUAUCUAAAAAAUUAGAACCAUCAGAUGGUACAACACCUUUAUUUAAAGGACCAGAAGGCACACAGGUUAGCGCUGCAGAACUACGAAGAAUUAAAGUAGAUAUUCACAGGAAUGUACCAGGCAAAGCGACAACUGACGAUCUCCAACGAGAUAUUAUCAAUCCUGAAGAUGUUCUGGUCAAAAGAAGAGAGGGAGAAGGAUCGAAACCUAUAUUUGAAAGAGAAGAAAUAAAAGGUACAACAGUCAAAACAGAUGAAAUUGAGGAACGUCGUACAGUUGUUGUUUUAAAUAAUGAAAAUUUAGAAAGCAAGUCGAAAAUGAAUAAAAAAUAUACUACUUCUUCAAGAAAUCGAAGCCCCAGCCCUCGACAUAGAUCAUCCCGCCAUGCCAGGUAUGAGGAUUCAAAAUAUGAUAACAGGGACAGUUAUAGAAGUGAUAGAGGAAGAAAUCACAGUAGAGGUAGAAGUAGAGAGUAUAAAGAAACAGUUAGACGACAUAGUCAAUUAAACACUGCAGAGGAAGAGCAUCUGCGUGAAAGAAAAGGUCAUAGGGAUCAUUCACGUUCAAGGGAACGAGAACAAAGAGCAUGGGUCAGAGAUUCUCAUCAUAGGUCAUCUAAAGAUGAAAGAUCUUAUCGAGAAAGAUCAAGAGAACGGUCCCGAGAAAGAAGAGAAAGAGAUAGGUCUAGAGAACAUAGGAUACCUCCAUCGCAUUAUAUCGAGCAGAUUCCUGUUCCUGUUUAUUAUGGAGAUUUUCCUCCGAGACCAAUAAUGGUUGGACCCUUGGUUCCAAUUCGAGGUCAGGUACCACCUUUAGGAGGAACUAGACAUAUGAUUGGUCCAUUAAGACCAUUUCCACCACGAUUUAUUCCGCCAGAUAUGUAUAGAUUACGUCCGCCUCUAAAUCCUAGAUUUAGGCCAAUGUAUUAGUAGACUGGACGAGGAACGAAGAGAGAAUGGUCAGUCCCAGGGCCACCUCUCUUUCGGUAAGUGCGACCGGGGACCAAUUAAAAGCGUUGGAGGGGGGUGGUGUCGAUAGGACAUUUGAGGAGACAAGAGUUUACCCACACUCUGGGAGAAGAGGCGUUAGAAUAGCCGAUUCUCGUAAGAAGAUAGGGCAGGCUGAGGAGAGAAUGACGUCGUGGAAGGUAGAGCCUGGACGCAGAAGAGAUCGGGAGGCGGAGGGAAGGGUCGUCCGCUGACAAGGGAAGAGGACCAAUAAUCGGACUUCGAGACGUGAGAAGGCUGAUGAAGAGUCUCGAAAUAUUAACUCUUAAUAUGGAUAGGAUGGAUAGGAUAAGAAGAGUUACAGCAUUGAGCAAGGGGGAUUCUACGCUUAAGAAAUUAAGCUGUGAGAGCGCGCAGGAGAUUAAAAAACUGAGGGAGUGGAUCGACUCCAACGCAGAAACGGAUGAUGAACAGUAGAACGGUCGCGACGCAGAUGACUCCAACGGAAUUGAAAAAUAUAGACCCGAUAGCUACAAGGGAAGAACUAAUCCAGGAUAUAGCAACGGGAUUAGGCAUUAAGCAGGAGCAAUGUAUACAGGUAAAGUCCUUAAGGAUGACGCCAUGGGAAACGCAGCAGGCCGUAAGUGGUGCUGCCGGCGAGCACCGUACUCAAAGACAGGCGGAUUAGAAUUAAAACAGGAUUGACAAUAGCGACGGCUAGGAUUCUACCCAACAUAGUAAGAUGUCAUAAAUGUUGGGACAUAAUGUAAUAAAUGUCACAUAUUGGGACAUAAUCAACGAAUCCCCACGGUAAUCGAGAUGAACGUCGAGGGAUACCUUCUGACGACGAGACAGGAAGUAAGAUACCUUGGGGUCCAGCUGGAUUGCAGAAGGAGCGAUGACGCUGAACAUGCGCUUUUCCACUGCCCAGGAUGGAUACGUGAGAGGACGGAACUAGAAAAUUACGUCGGUACACCACUAACAACGGAGAAUUUAAUGGUGAACAAGGGAGACGACUUGGCAAGGUUUGAGGCCUUGUGCAGAAAAAUUAUGCUAGCAAGAAUGACGCAGGAGAAAUUCGAAGAGAGGAGGAGAACUAGAGAAACAAGAAGAAGAAAUGGGUUUCAAGUAUGAGGGAGCGGUGCGUAGUUAAGCCCAACCCUAAAGUAUCGCUGUAAGGUGGUUUCGAGGUCGAUGCUUGCACAGAAGAAGAGCGGAGAGAGGAGGGAUUCUUAGUGGGUAUGGCAACGCCAUCGGCCGAGUCCCACAUAGUUCAGUCUGGGUAUGCAUAAUAGCAUUUCUCCCUCCUCGAUU